UGUAAAGGCUGAAGUGGGAGGGAGAUAAAUGCAGGCAAUUUACAGCAGAGCCUGUUGACACAGAAAGAGUUUGAAAGCAGAGAGGGGGGUGGUCAGUUUUGUUUUUGUUUUUGUUUUUGAGCACCCCUGGUGUUACAGAGAGCUGACACACUGAGUGGGACCAGGUGGAGAUUGUCAUCAAACUGGACACAAGGGCUGACAGUGUCAGGAGGUUGACCAUAGGGAGGCUGCUACUGUCCCCUGGACCAUCACAGGGAGCUCCCAGCGACUGUGGGCUCUGGACGAUUGUGUGACUGGGGAAUUGGAAAGCAGGCGGCAGGCCUUUUCCCUGAGGGUGUGCAGACAUGUGGUUCCAGCAGGGAAUGAGCUUCUUUCCAGCUGCUCUGGUCGUCUGGUCAGCGGCUGCAUUCAUCUUCUCCUUCAUUACAGCCGCCCUGCUCCGGCACGUCGACCCCUUGGUGCCUUACAUCAGUGACACUGGCACAACUCCACCUGAGCGAUGUGUGUUUGGGAUCAUGUUGAGUAUCUCUGCCUUCCUGGGUUUGGUGACGAUGUAUGUACGAUACAAACAGGUAGAGGCUCUAACCCAGGAGGAGGAACGCAUCAUCGUCCGACUGAAUAGGAUAGGCCUGUCACUGGGUCUCAUCAGCUGCCUGGGGCUGUGCAUCGUAGCAAACUUCCAGAAGACAACAUUAAUUCAUGUCCAUAUUCUUGGUGCUGUGCUGACAUUUGGAAUCGGGAUUAUUUACCUGUUGCUGCAGACUAUUAUUUCCUACAUGAUGCAGCCACUCAUCCACGGAAUCAAAAUCUUCUGGAUUCGGUGUGCCCUAUUAAUCUGGUGUGCAGCGAGCAGCAUCAGCAUGUUUAUUUCCUCUGUCACACUCUACUCGAUGAUCCCAACCACUGAUAUGGCAAAGAAACUGCACUGGAACCCGGCAGAGAAGGGUUACAAAUUGCACCUGGUCAGUACAAUCUCCGAAUGGUCUCUUGCCUUCUCCUUCCUCAGCUUCUUCCUGACUUACAUCCGAGAUUUCCAGAAGAUCACCUUACACGCUGAAGUGGAUUUACACAGUGACACUCUGUAUGACAGACUCCCGGGACACAUGCACGUUGGUGAGCACAGCCCGCUCCUUGCAGGAAGCCUGUGACCUAAGAGACUUUGGACACAGCCCUGACUGAGACCACAAACUAAUUCUUCAAAUCAGCCUCCAGUGCCCUGCUCCUGCCUCUCAACAGCUGGCAUAUUUUAACUUGAUUUUUUUCUAAAACUAUUUGUAUGUCACAGGUGGACUGAUCCUUUGAAUGAAUCUUUACAUCUAUUUUUUUAAGAUAUUAAUUUGAGACCAUUUACAGAUUAAUUAUAAACCAGAUGUAACAAUUA